AUGACUGAUUAUUGUAAGCAAAUUAAGCUUCUUGCGGAUCAACUUGCUAUUGUUGAUUGCCCGAUGUUCGAUCGUAAGAUGCUUAUGAAACUCAUUGCGGGCCUCACCAAGGGCGAAUACGAUACCGUGGCUGCCAUUGUUUCUCAAUCCAAACCAACUCCAAGCUUUAAUAAAGCACGGUUAAUGUUCAUUUUGGAGGAAACUCAUCGCCAAAAUAAACAAGACGAAUCCGACCAGCAUGCUCUUAUGGCCCAACACUCUCAAGCUCCAGCCUCGUCAACACAGCAGCAUGGCGGUAGUGGUUGGGGUCGAGGCAAAGGCCGUGGCAGCAAUUUCAAGGGAAAGGGUCGUGGGAAAGGUCACGGAAACAACAACAACAAUAAUCAGCAGCAAUAA